AUGACAGGACAUGAUCGCCACCACGGAAAUUCAAGCCAUCGGCACGAUAACCACAAUGGCAAGAGAAGAGCUGAAGAACAACGUCGUGACCGGGAAAUCCGAGAGGAAUUGAUCAAGGAAUUGAAAGAGCGUAGAAGUAGGAAAGAAAGACGCAGAAUGGCUCGAGAUGUGGUUGAGGGUAAUAUGGGUACACCGUGGUGGUUUGAAAUAAUUGCGUCGCAGAACACAAUCCAAAAUUGGAUGGUCGCAGAAGUACAAUACAAGGAGCUAUGUAACUCCGACGAAGUGAACAAGGCCCAGGAGUUAAAGAAAAUUGCUCGAUUCGUUUAUGAUAGAGAACGGCGACGUUUCGCUUUGGCUGAGGUGGAGAAGAAAUGGAAUGCUAAUAAGGCAGAGAGAGAUAGAUUAAACACUCAAAAAGCAUGGGAAGGUGAGUUCAACCGCUGGAUGGAAGAGCUGGAGGCUGCAGACUCCUACGACAGUCGAUACGCAGGACCUGAUGAAGACGGUGUUACUUGGUCCCCUCAAAGCCUUGUAACUAUCAACGACGAGAUUAGCAAGAGGCAUCUCUCAAGAUGCAUGCCAAGUCUUCGAAAGCCCGCUUCUAGGGGUGCACACUGCAAGGACUGCGAAGAUGAAAAUGAGGUUGGUCAUUUCUGGGGUGAGUACAAUAUGGCCAACAAACUUCAAAAAAACUCUGGUUCCUCUAAAUCCCUCGAUCCAAAUAUCGAUAUGGGCCCUCUUCUGGGCUCCCUACGUUCAUGGAACGAUAUCGAGAAACAGAUAUCUGCAGACAAUCAAAGAGAGGAAGCAAACAAAUCGCCUGCCCAAAAAGCCAAGGAAAAGAAUGAACGAGAAGCACAAGCUUCCAGACACGCUAGACGUAUGCAGAAUCGCGCCGCGAUCGAAAAGGAGAGAAGAACGCCAUGGGAUACCGAGCGAAAGGCGACAGACAGAGCCACAGAGAGUCUAUUUAAUUUUAUUAAAGCUCGACAUCAACAAGCCCAACAUUCCAACGAAUGGGGAAGUAAGAUUGCGUCUAAACUCCAUUCGAAAGCAACACAAGAGCGAAUCGAAGCGGAAGCGAAACAGCAAGUUCUAGUGUUGGAGAGAAAUUUCGAGAUGGCUAGGAAGGCGGAAGAAGAGCGUUGGUUACAGGAACUGGGAGAGAAUCGUAAUGCGAGAAAUGCCAAGAUACAUCUCUCGAGAUGUAUGACCUCGCAAAGCCUCCUAGAGCGAGGAGGCUCUUGUUGCGAGGACUGUAAGUAUGAUUCUAGACUCUCUUACUUGGCGGAAGAGAAAGAGCAACGUAGGCUUAGGGUUGCUUAUGAUGGAAAUUAG